UCUAUGGUCCCCGCUCCCAUCUCCUUCCGCUUCCGGCUCGCUCCUUCCCGUCGGGUGCCGCCGCCAAGAUGGUGAACGUGCCGAAAACCCGCCGGACCUACUGCAAGAAGUGCGGCAAGCACCAGCCCCACAAAGUCACCCAGUACAAGAAGGGCAAGGACUCGCUGUAUGCCCAGGGCAAGAGACGCUACGAUAGGAAGCAGAGCGGCUAUGGCGGCCAGACGAAGCCCAUCUUCCGCAAGAAGGCCAAGACCACGAAGAAGAUCGUGCUGAGGCUGGAGUGCGUGGAGCCCAACUGCAGGUCCAAGAGGAUGCUGGCGAUCAAGAGGUGCAAGCACUUCGAACUGGGAGGAGACAAGAAGAGAAAGGUAUGUCUGUGUGCCCCGAACAGCUGGCGUGGGCUGUGGAAGAGCACUGUCAGACCUGGGAGAGGGUGAGAUUCACUGGUGAGU